GGGACGAGCCGCCGCGCUCGCUUUCUCCCCUUACCUCCCCUUUCCCUUCUCUCCCCUCCCACCCCCCCUUUCCCUUCGAGGUGGGGCAAGGGGAAGUGGUGCGGCUUCCCGCUGCCGGGCACCGCCGUCUCCCUUCCUCCUCGCGGAGCGGCAGAAAAGCCGGCAACCGGUCGGGGGCCGCCUCCCGGACCCUGUCCCGCUGCCGCCCGCGGGGCUGCGCCCUACCUCGCUUCCUCCUCCUCCUCCGCCGGCAUCCUUUGGAGCCACCUCCGCCUUACCCCCUCCACCAUCCUUCCCCGCGGCGCGGGCGGUGGCUCGGCGGAUGCGGGAGGGGGCGACGGGACAGGUGGCCAACGCCCUCCGGGAGACCGGCACCCUGCGGCUUUUACCGAGGAGGGAGUUGCUUUCCGGUAAUAGUAAAGGAACGUGAUACUGGAUGAAAACGCACCGACCGCAUCCCCAUUAGCUGGAGCCUGACUUUCUGCUUAAUGUUGGUUUCUUUGUCAUCAGGUUUGCUUAAAAAAUGACAGAAUAUAAACUUGUUGUCGUUGGAGCUGGUGGUGUAGGCAAGAGUGCCUUGACGAUACAGCUAAUUCAGAAUCACUUUGUGGAUGAAUAUGACCCUACAAUAGAGGAUUCCUACAGAAAGCAAGUAGUAAUAGAUGGAGAAACCUGUCUCUUGGAUAUUCUUGAUACAGCAGGUCAAGAAGAAUACAGUGCAAUGAGGGACCAAUAUAUGAGAACAGGGGAAGGUUUCCUGUGUGUAUUUGCUAUAAACAAUACAAAGUCUUUUGAAGAUAUUCACCAUUAUAGGGAACAAAUAAAGAGAGUUAAAGACUCUGAAGAUGUCCCAAUGGUGCUAGUAGGAAACAAAUGUGAUUUGCCUUCCAGAACAGUAGAUACAAAACAAGCUCAGGAUUUAGCAAGAAGUUAUGGAAUUCCUUUCAUUGAAACAUCAGCAAAGACAAGACAGAGAGUGGAGGAUGCUUUUUAUACAUUGGUGCGAGAGAUUCGACAGUACAGAGUGAAAAAAAUCAGCAAAGAAGAAAAGACUCCAGGGUGCAUGAAAAUUAAAAAAUGCCUUGUAAUGUAACAGGGGUGUUGAUGAUGCCUUCUACACAUUAGUGCGAGAAAUCAGAAAACAUAAAGAGAAGAUGAGCAAAGAUGGUAAAAAGAAGAAAAAGAAGACAAAGACAAAGUGUAUAAUUAUGUAAAUACAGUUUAUCGUUAUUCUUAAGAAGUACUUAAAUAAUUUUUGUACAUUACACUAAAUUAUUAGCAUUUGUUUUAGCAUUACUUUACUUUCUGCUUCUUGAUCCUGUUAGCUUUACCUGAAUGUUUGUUUUAAAUGACAGUGGAAACUUCAUUCCUUUUAAAGUGCCAGUAUUCUUCGACUGUUGGUUCUUGAACUAGCAAUGCCUGUGAAAAACAAAAACAAAAAAAUUACAAAACUAAAAAAAAAUCCACAAAAAACAACAAACAAACAAAAAAACACCACAUACAAAAACCUGAGAACUGUCUUAGGACUCUUUGGUGCAUGCACAGUUGCUAACUUCCUAUUUUUCUUACUGAUAGUGAACUUCUGUGUGCAAACCGAACAAUGAAAUGAGGCUCUGCACAUUCUAACAACCCCUUUAAUUUUUUGGUUUUCAGAUCUGGUUGGGAAAAAGGACUAGUUAGUGAAUGAGAUUUUAGUUUCAGCCUUUCUUUUAUUUUAGACUGACUGCAAUAUAGAGAGACCAGAAGCCUUUAUAGUCUUCCUGUAGGUUUCGCUUCCAGGCAUCUAGUCUUGUAGCAUUUCAGAUCAACUUUAAUGAAUGUAAAAAAGAUAAAACUUUCACAAAAAAAAUUUUUCACUGCAAUUUGUCACAGUCACUCCUUAAAUACUCUAUUUUUUCUAUAAAAAAAAAAAAAAAGAAAAAUGAAAAAAAGACAACGAUGCACAUCUGGCAAUGGAAAAAGUAAAAGUUCUAAUUAGGUUGAUUUGCUAUUGUUAAUGCAUUGUUUUAAGACUUCUGCUAACCUUUUGUGUCUGAAGGCCAAGGUGAAAUCCUAGCUCACCCGACCCCCAGUAGCAAAUCUUUAAGUAGCUUUGUUCCGUAGGUACAGGAUUUCACCCUUAGUUUCUCCGGGAAAUACUAGAAAGCCUUAACUGAUAAGUUGAUUCAAAUUCUUAGGUUAAUUCAUACAUAGAUCCAGAAUUUACCAUAAGAAUUAAAUCAGAAUUAAUCCCAAAUUACACAGUGAAACAAAACCAUUCUUUUAUUAUCCUCCAAGAGUGGCGUUAAAUAUUUCCAGAUGCCCAUUUUGUGCAAAACGGGGGAAGAAUUUUAAAUUCUAGUUACAUCAAAUGAGUGAAUGAAUGAGUUGAAUUUGGCUGCUUCAUGCAAAUAUUUUGGAAAUCCACUAUGCCAUAAAAAUGGUGUGGAAUUUGCACAAACUGUCAGCAUAGAACAUGGUUUUCAGAGUCGGUGUUCGUGUGAUCUUUGUGAAGUACUAGUUUUGUUGCACAGAUUAAAUGGUUGGUGAUGGCAUUCCAGUGUCUAGACUGUCAUGAAGCUAGACCCAGAUUUUAGUGUUGUCUUUCUCUGUGAUGAGGUUCUCUUGUGAUAUUCCCCUCCCUCCCACCCACCUUUUUUUUUUCUUUUUUUUUUCUGAUUGGAAUGAAUGCAGAAUUUUUGCAGAAGCUUUCAUUUUUUGGUACUGCAGUAGUCUAGUAAUUCUGCACUAAAGUAAGAGCCAGUAAUCCCAGUGUUGUCAGUUCCUGUUGUCUUACUGUAAAUGUUGCAUUCUUUGAGUGUUUCAUUGAAGGCUGGGUUCCUGAAGGUGAACUUCUUCAUAGUCCUUCACUCACCUGCAGAUUAAAAUUUGAAAAUGUGACUCUCGUGUACCGAAAAAAAUAAAAUGCAAAACAUUGAAGUUGGAUACUUCAGGACACUGAAAAGUUUUGAACAGGGAAUAGCAGCGUUGCCCUGACCUAAGGUAUACCUAAAAAAAUGACGUGGAAACUUUACACAGUACAAUACCUGCAUAACUUGGAACAUUUACGUGAUGUCAAGGUGCAACUGCGUGAGAAAAAUCUUUUGCUUCUACCAAAAAAAAACCCCUCAGUGACUCCCACAGGUUGAGAACUGCAAAGCUGGCAGGGGGAUGUAUACUGUCAGAUUGCUGUAUGUUGUUUAGUUUCAGUGUGGCUGAGAGAAAUAAUGGCUUUGCCUGCCAGUGUCCCUCAUUCCCCACCCUCCAGUGACACCCGUCCUCCCCUCCCUUUCAUUUCAGCACUGAUGUGAAAUAUACCUUAGAUUAUGAAACAUCCUGAGAAACAGUAAUAGGAGAGCUUAAUCUGAUAAUGACUGAUAAGGAGUACAAAGAGAUUCUUAAUGUUGUAAAACGUUUUUAAACUUCCAAGGUUAAAACAAUUUAGAGACAGUUAUUUGUAUAUUGUAGGCACUCUUGGCGAUAUAGGAGGAAUGUAGCGCAAGUGGAUAGUGUGCCUUGAGAAAAUGGAAAUAAUCUUAAGAUUCCUUUAAGAGUUUUGGUAACUGAGUCACACUGCAUGUAAAAUUAGGGCACGUUUAAAAUUUUAAUGUGAAGUUAUAUAAAAAUUUAGGAGGUAUUUUAACUGAAAUGUCUUAACCAUCAAAUGUGGAUUUACAUAGCUCUAAUACAGAGCUACAUCAAAAAUAGGGUGAUUUGGUUUUUCUUUUUUUGUGUCAGCUCUAGCUACCAAUCUAAUUAGAUUAAUACAAAAUCUACUUAGAUUAGCCCUUAUUUACUUUCUUUUAAAAGAAAAAUACACAUCCUUGCCACUGUUGUGCAGUUUUGUCUUAAUAUUUGUUCAGAUUUGGUGAAGCAUGUUGGAUUGCAGCUUGCACAAAAUGAUCUCAUAAUUAUUCUGUCUUUUCCCUAUGUGAAAGCUUUCAAAGAACAUACCUGGACGCUAUCUGUUCUGAUAGCAACUACUAAAUGAACAUGUGAAUCACAUGCCAUAUUAGUACAUUAAAUUGCAAGGGAGUAACACCUUCUUACAGUAGCUUUAUGUAACUCUGGUAAACAACUUUGUUGUUGGUUUUCUGAAAACAAAAAUUUAAUUCUUUUGAGCAAUCUCAUUGCCCUAAAUUUUUUGCUAACUCAGAAAAAAGUUGGACUGUUUAGAUUUUGUUACAGUAACAGAAUCUCUGCAAUGGGUAGAUGCUGACACAAUCUUCUGCUCCUCUGUACUAUGAAGCAAUACAGUUACUACUUUCAAAGACCAUCAGACUGUAAAGAAAUCAUUUUGUCUAAAGUUUACAUAAAGCUACAUAGAUGGUAAAUCUUUCCUAACAUUUCUUUAUUCCACUGUCUUGUGUUUUCAUGUUGAGAAGACUUCUGCUUUUUCCUCUUGAGUGCCAACUUCUUACUAGAAUGACUUCUUAAUGUAAUAUGUUUACCUGGAAUGUAUUUUAACUAUUUUUGUAUAGUGUAAACUGAAACAUGCACAUUUUGUACAUUGUGCUUUAUUUGAUGUGGAACAUAUGCAGUGUGAUCCAGUUUUUCCAUCAUUUGGUUGUAUGACCUAGGAAUGUUGGUCAUACCGAAUACUAAGUUAAAAAAAAAAAAAAAAAGGAAAAAAAAAAAAAAAGACCACUGUUUGUUUUAAAAUUUUUAAUGUUUUUAGGAGUAUGUGCUGUGAGGUGAUCUGGAAUUUGUCAUUUUUUCUGUCAAACUGUACUGCUCCUAUUUAUUGUAAUGUAAUAAAAAAAAUAGUUAUUGUGA